AUGCGUCUACAAACAAUCGUUGAUAACAUUUCAACACAGCUAAUAGAAAUUGGCCUUCUAAAAGGAUUCAAACCAGUCUAUCGAGCACCAUGGGGAAUCGGUAUAGCACCUGCUGCUAUCAGCAGCAAAGCAAUACUUUCGCAAAUUUUAGAUCAAAUAGGACUUAUACCUGCACAUUGGACUAUUGAUUCAAAGGAUUAUCUUAUACAGGUUGAUGAAUAUAAUUUAACUAAUAACAUCCUUAAAAUGAUCUGUAGAACAAAAGGUGGUCUUAUUUUGAUGCAUGAUAAUCGACCAACCACAGCUAAUUUCCUUGAUGUAAUUAUUCGUUCGAUUAGAGCCAGUGGGCACAGUAUUGUACGUCCCAGUGAAAUCAAUAGACAGUGGAAUAAUGAAACUUUAAUCAACAGAACGAGAAGAUAUACCGAAUUUCUCAGACAUAGAAUAGAAACAAUACAAAGUUCACCAGCAAAACGUCAGGCUAAUACGCUUUUUCGACCAGUAGAAAUUUCCUUGCCAACCGGAAAGCGUCAAAAUAAUAUUCUACAGAGCAUUGAUGCAAAUGCAAGAUACAAAGGUAUCAUUAAAGUAUUACCUAACAUAAAUGAUUUCGAAUUAAAUGCAAACAAUACGAAACUGCUUAUCAAAACUGCUUCAAAAUUAAAGUGA